AGGUGCUCCGGGCCCGGUGCAGGAGGAGGAGGAGGGGCAGGAGGCGGGCAUUCCCAGUUAAAAGGCUCGAGAAUCGUGCGCUGGGCAGAGAGAACCCAAGUACUGGGGCCUCUUCCAUUGGGUCCGAAUCAGUAGGUGACCCCGCCCCCUGGAUUCCGGAAGACCUCGCCAUGGGACGCCCCCCACCUGGCUCAGUGAUGACCUGGCUGUUUUUGCUCUUGCUGUGGGAAGCCUGGACAGGACGCGCCAGGGCACAGACGGACAAGGUGCUGGGGGGUCAGGAGUGCGCGCCGCAUUCGCAGCCUUGGCAGACGGCCCUGUUCCAAGGGGAGCAACUGCUCUGCGGAGGGGUCCUUGUAGGCGCCAACUGGGUCCUCACAGCUGCCCACUGUAAAAAACCGAAGUAUACAGUACGCCUGGGAGACCACAGCCUGCAGAGUAAGGAUGGGCCAGAGCAAGAAAUGUCUGUGCUUCAGUCCAUCCCACACCCCUGCUACAACAACAGCAAUGACGACCACAGCCAUGAUCUGAUGCUCCUUCGACUACGUGGCCGGGCAUCCCUGGGGCCCAAAGUGAAGCCCAUCAACCUGACAGAUCACUGCCCCCAAGCUGGCCAGAAGUGCACUGUCUCAGGCUGGGGCACGGUCACCAGUCCCCGAGAGAAUUUUCCUGACACCCUCAACUGUGCAAAAGUAAAUAUCAUUAACCAGAAGAAGUGUGAGGACGCCUACCCAGGGCAGGUCACAGACAGCAUGGUCUGUGCUGGCAGCAGCAAUGGGGCUGACACGUGCCAGGGCGAUUCUGGUGGCCCUCUGGUGUGCGAUGGUGUACUCCAGGGCAUCACAUCCUGGGGCUCAGACCCCUGUGGGUUGCCGCAUAAACCUGGUGUCUAUUCCAACAUCUGCCGCUACCUGAACUGGAUCAAGAAGACAAUGGGCCCCAAGGGCUAAUCCUAAAAUGAGCCCUGCAUCUGCCUGAAUAAACUCGCAACUCU